UUCACUGUCCCUCCUUUUCAUCAAAAGCUCGCUUUCUCUCUCUACACUGAUUUUCUCUCUCCAAGGGUUUGUUCCGCCAUUGACCAAAGUUCAAGCUCAUUUUCCAUAGAGAGAGGGGGGCUCUGUCAAGGUUGGAUCAAUGUUAGCUUUGUUGAAGACAACAUUUAGUACAAGUGUUGUAUUAUUAGUAUGCUUUCCGAGGUUGGAUCUCUUUAUUACUAAAUUGGAAAGAAUUUUUUUUAUAUAUUUCCUUUUGUUGUGGGGGUAAGGAUGCCAUGUUUUUUAUCCUUUUAUGUGGCUAGCUAAUUUGGGAUAAAGGUGUUGUUGAUGUUGAUGUAUGUGGCUAGCUAAAGUUAUAGAUUUUGCCUAAAAUCCAAGUUAAUCGUUGAGGAAUGGAAAAAUGCAAGCAUGUAAGGUAUGUUGUAUUAUUGUGAUUGUUUCAUAAAUUAUUAUGUGGUUAACAAGAACCUAUGUUUUUCAACUACUUAUCAUUGAUAUUGUUUACAAACAUAAUGGUGGAGGUAAACUUGUUCGUUAUGAUAGGUCUUCAUAAAUUUAUUUUGAAACCUACAUGGUAAUCUUCUUUUAUUAUUUAUUUCCAUUUUAAGCUGACUCCUCUCAUGACAAGUUCGAUGUGAUAUGCUGAUCUCCUUAUUUUUAGACUUGGUAUAUCUCGUACUACUAACUAGUGGUUGAAAGAUUUCGAUUUCAUUACCAUUUAUAAUCAAUGAUUUAUAGAUAAAGAAAUCCCAACUUUGUACUGGACUGCUGUUUUCGCUUGAUACUGAGAUGGAUUUGUAAAUGAAUAUGCAAACCAAAUGUUAUGGUGGUGGGUAAAAAUGGUUGAGAAAGGGGCAUUAGUAUGUGAAAAAAAAAAGAAAAUUUUGAGUCCAUAAGGACUUGAUCUGAUGAUUGAUUGACUAGAUUGAUACUUUUGCUAUUUUAUGUAAAUCGUUGUUUUAAUCUUUUUUUGGGCUCUGUAAAAAUCCAGUAUACUUGAAGUUGGGAUAUCAUAUGAUAUGAGGUUUUUGUCUCUUUCUUUUUUAUAGAACUGUAAGGAGAGGCUAGUUAGAAGAUAAAAUCUUAUAGCAGAAACUGGUCAUGGAUAAAUCAGAGCAAAAUCAACAGCAGCAACAGCAACAACAGCAUGUGAUGGGAGUUGCAGCAGGUGCUAGCCAAAUGGCCUAUUCUUCUCAUUACCAGACCGCUCCCUUGGUGGCUUCUGGUACAUCUGCUGUCGCUAUUCCUUCCCCAACACAGCCUCCAGCUGCCUUCCCUAAUUCCCCUCAACAAUUUGCGUACCAGCAAGCACAACAUUUUCACCACCAACAGCAGCAACAGCAACAACAGCAGCUUCAAAUGUUCUGGGCAAACCAAAUGCAAGAAAUUGAACAAACAAUUGACUUUAAAAACCAUAGUCUCCCACUUGCUCGGAUAAAAAAAAUAAUGAAAGCUGAUGAAGAUGUCCGGAUGAUUUCAGCCGAAGCUCCAGUCAUAUUUGCAAAAGCAUGUGAAAUGUUCAUAUUGGAGUUGACUUUGCGGUCUUGGAUCCACACAGAAGAGAACAAGAGGAGAACACUACAAAAGAAUGAUAUAGCAGCUGCUAUUUCAAGAAAUGAUGUUUUUGAUUUCUUGGUUGAUAUCAUUCCAAGAGAUGAGUUGAAAGAGGAGGGACUUGGAAUAACAAAGGCCACUAUUCCAAUAAUGGGUUCUCCAGCUGAUAUGCCAUACUAUUAUGUCCCACCUCAGCAUCCUGUAGGACCUCCAGGGAUGAUCAUGGGAAAGCCAGUUGAUCAAGAAGCACUAUAUUCUACGCAGCAGCCUCGACCUCCCAUGGCUUUCAUGCCAUGGCCACAUACACAAACCCAGCAACAGCAGCCACCCCAACAGCAACAAACAGACUCUUGAUGACUAUGGGCAAUUCGGUUAGGUUGGAAAGUAGAGUGCAUCUUUUGAUUAUGACAAAUUAACUCAAUUUCUUCCAAUCUGCUGUAGUUUAGUGUUAUGCAUUGAAAAAUGCUCAAGAUUGUUUUGAGGUUCUUGCACUCAUUUGUGAUGUUGUACGUGCUCUUGUUCUGAGCUCUUUUGUGGUUGUUUACUUUUCAGGAAUUGGUGUGGUAGUUAAAUUAGUUUGCAGUUGUCCAUAACUAGUGAACCUUGUUACGUAGGUUGUUUCAAAUGAUCUAAAAAUUUUACUGUUAUGUUGCUGAAGGUAGGUUGAAUUCAGUAUUCCA